AUGCAUGUCCUUGACUCACUGAUCAAGGAGUUCGGUCUGGAUAAAAUUCAAUCAUGGCGAAAUGAAGCUAGACGACUCAAAUCACCCUUCAUCUUCGAGCUCGUUUACACCGGACACCCAAAACUUAUACGACAUGCUGUCAGAGAUCACAAAUUUAAUUUGAACAUUAAACGAGACUGUGACGGGAAUACACCAUUACAUAUGUGUGCAUUGCAGCAAAACCAGCAAAUGUUUGAGCUGUUGAUAGAACUCGGCGCUGAAGCAACGAUAGAAAAUGAUGAUGAACAGACUGCAACGAGUCUGAACGAUACUAGACGAAAAGCUCUGAAUAUCAUUUGGUUAGACUUAGAAAUGACGUCACUCGACAAUCCAGAUAUUCUCGAAUGUGCUGUUAUCAUCACGGAUAAAUAUUUGAACGAACUCGAUCGAGGCAACUGGAUCGUUCAUUUUGAACAAGAGGAACUCGAUAAACUAGAGGAAUGGCAUCAAAAAAAUUUCACAUCUCGAGAUAAAGGCGGAAACGGUUUAUUCGAUGAUGUUGUGAUAUCCACAAUGACAGCAGCUAGAAUGGAAGACGAACUGUUAGCACUACUAAAACGUCAUUGUCCACCAAAAGCUUGUCCACUCGCCGGUAACUCGAUUCACUGGGAUCGUGAUGUGAUUCGGACGAAAAUGCCACGUGUAUACGAACAUCUCCAUUAUCGAGUUAUCGAUGUUAGCACUUUAAAUGGUCUUAUGGAGCGUUGGGCACCCGAAAAAUCAAAAAGAUUCGAUGCACAAGUGUUGACAAAAAUGAAAGGUCCUGAUGGUGAACUUCAUCGUGCAAUGUACGAUAUUGAACGGUCAAUUGAAAUCUCAAAACUGUAUCAGCCGUUGUUUACUCAACAAGAAAAGAAUAAUUAA